UUGAGCAGAAUUUCUUUACAGGUUCGAGAGCUUCUGCCAAGCGGUGCUGUAGCAUUUGGUAUUUAUUAUGACAAUCCAAGGGACCGUGAUGAACAUCUGCUCCAGUCGGCUGUCGGUGUCAUCUUUGGAGAAGACGACAAGUCGCUUUACACUGAUAAUUACGCUCAACAGUUAACACGAUGGGGCUAUGAGAAAAUGGUCUUGCCUAAGAUCGAGCGCGCUGUCGAAGUGACUCAGCCAUACACAGGAUCUCUUUCUAUUUUCGCCUUAAUCUAUCGAACGUACGGGAUCAUUAGGCAGUUCAUUGAGGAUAAGCGUUUGGAAACUGCGCUAGCCAUAGAGUUCUACAGCACUGAUGAGAUUUGUGUCUCAUUCCCACUUGAUCAUGUUAAAGAAUUUAUUGUUCCAGAGCAUUUAUCGUUGGAAGCGUUGGAGGCUAAACUUGCCAGAAAGAAGUUUGAUUCCGACGAGGAGUCAAGCGAAAGUGAAGCAGAGCACGCAUCUGAAGUAGAAAUCCCUGAAGAAGGUGAAAUUGACAUGGCUGCUGGUGGUGAUAAGAAGGAUAACUAG